CCGAGGAAGUCCCGUUAGGCUGGGUCACGUGGUCGAGUCCCAACGAGGAGGAGAGACUCCGUCUCGCGCUCGGACUGCAGCACUUCUACUUUUCCAUCAACACGUUCAGCGCGAGCAGGAAUGAAACGGCAGCCUUCUGCUUCACGCGCCUAGAAAGAGGAAGAGGAGGGACGCACGAGGACCACCGGAGACCCUGUGAGUGAGUGAAGAGGAAGAGCCGAGGAGCAGAAAUGAAUUUCGUGAUGAAAGCCGCUCUGGGAGGGGGUCCCCCUGAUGUGGGGAAGAUGCUGGGAGGAGAGGAGGAUAAAGACCCCGAGGCGGAGAAGGAGAAAGAGGAGGAGAGGCAGGAGGCUCUAAGGCAGCAGGAGGAGGAGCGGAAAGCCAAGUAUGCCAAGAUGGAGGCCGAGCGGGAGGUGAUGAGGCAGGGCAUCAGAGACAAGUACGGUCUAAAGAAGAAGGAGGAAGCCGAGGCUGAGGCCCAGGCAGCCAUGGACGCGGCCAGCGAGGGCAGCCUUACGCGUCCCAAGAAGGCCGUGCCGUCCGGCUGCGGAGACGACGACGAGGAAGAGGAGAGCAUCAUGGACACGGUGAUGAAGUACCUGCCGGGCCCGCUGCAGGACAUGCUGAAGAAGUAAUAUGUUGCCGAUGUGGCAACACACAGCUUUACGUACUAUUAUUAUUCUUAUUAUUAUUAAUAUUACAAUUGUAAUGCGCGCUUCCGCUUACAAACAGCAGAGGGCGCACUAAAGCAAGAGAGCAACACAACAUUACAAAAAACACCAUCGUUGUUUCGCAAAGGUUUUGUAAAUAGAAUUUAGUUGUUCUAGGUAAGAAGGAAGUACGUUUCACAAUAUAAGCCAUAUUUUAUCUUUAACGGGAAAUGCUGAAUCCUAAGUUCCGAUAUUGUUUCUUAUUAAACACAAACGAAACACACGUAGGCUACGGCGUAUGCAUGACACGUAGCUUGAAAAAUCAACUUCCACUGUUUUGUACCGUCAACCAGCAAUUUUCCUCGAUUUAUUAGCUGUGCAUUAGCUAAAAGAGCUAGGUACGUACUAGCUAUAUACCUUUAGUCUAAUGCGAAACACUGCAAUCACUAGCGUAGACGUCUCAUCUAUGCAUGUAUCCAUAGCGUAGACUGUGUGUGCUUAACCACAUCUUUGGUGCAAAGGCUAAAAUAACACAGAAGGCAAUAAAUUUUUAGCAUUCGCCAAGCUUAGUUGAUGCGCUUUGCCGAACAGACCAAAACUCAGUCGAUCUCAAAGCUAAACUCUCUCAGCGGACUGGCCCACAGAGCACAGGUUUGAGUCACAUGAGGCCUCGACACAUUCUUAACAGUGCAGAAGUUUCAUUUAUCGUCCUUUUUAGUGUGAGGGAGCAACACGAUACACACUUCAGGUACAGGAUCCAUGGACUAAUUCGCACCGUUGACUUAAGAGUUGGCUUAGAAUUGAUUGUAAUACGGAGGUUCAGCAUCGAAUCUGUGCGUUCGGGCGGUUUUCUGGAACUUUCUUAGCAAUAACAGUUUCUUCUGUUUGCUUAGCGUGUGAAAAACCAAUGAUCAACAUAAUCUGAGUGAAUGAUGAAUGUAAUGUUAAUGGGAGAGACUGUGUUUGGGGUGAAAUACGCAAAGAGAAAAUGGGCAUUAUAGCAAUAUAAUGAUCAAUCAUGUGCUGUCAUUUGUUGCAUUUCAGGCUUUUUGUUUGCUUGCCUUAAACUGAUGCCUUUAUUAACGAUUAUGAUCAACGGAAAUGUGUUGUACUGUCACUUAAAACCAUUAAAAACACUACUAAAAACCUCUUUCACAAA